AUGCCAAUUAAAUCAUUAGAAUCUUAUUUAUUCGAAAGAAAAUUGGCUAAUACUUCUUCAAUUGAAAUAUUAGAAAAUACUACAAUUGGUAUUGAUGUUGAUCAUUAUUUAAAUAGAAUUUAUACUUUUAAAAAAGAACAAUAUUUAUCUGCUAUUGGUGGUUUACCAAGUUCAUUAAAAGAUUAUUUAAUUAACGAUUUGGCUGUUUUCAAAGAAUCUAAUAUUAAACCAAUAUUUGUACUCAAUGGAUUAAAUAUUAAUUUACAAAAUGUUUCAUAUAAAACUAAUGAGUUAUCUACAAAUGAACAACAUAUUGAAAAUACUUGGAAUAAAAUUAUUGAUUCUCAAAAGAAUUCUUUUGGUUCUCCACAUCACCAAUUUAUUGAAAGUUUUAGAUUAUUCAAUGAUUCAUUAAGUGUGAAAAAUUUAUAUAAUGAUGUUAUUAGUUUAUUCAUUUCACUUGGUGUUGAGUAUUUUAUUACUCCUUAUGAUUCUUCAUUUCAAUUAAGUUAUUUGUAUCAAAAUGAUAUAAUUGAUACAAUUUAUGGUUCAACAGAUUUAUUAUUGACAAAAAUUGAUAAAUUUAUAUUAGGCAUGGAAUUUCAAUCAAAAGAAUUUAGAUUUAUAAAUAAAUUUAAAGUUUUAAAAGAGUUAAAUUUAAAUGAAAGGCAAUUUUUAGAUUUAAGUAUUAUUGUUGGAUGUAAUUUACAACCGAAUACAUUUCCAAUUUUCCCACCAUUACCAAAACCAAAUAAUUUACAACCGUAUCCGCAAAUAUCAUAUUUCAAAAUUGGGUUGGAUAUAAUAUAUCAAUAUAAUCAAUUUAAUAAUAAUAAUCAGAACUCGGAUCUUGUUGGAUAUAUCAUGAGUUUGAAUGAUUCUAAAUUAUUAGACUUAUAUUAUAAAGGACUUUGUGCUUUUAAGUUCAUACCUAUCUUAAAUAAAGAAGGGGUGGUUGAAUUAUAUAACAAUGAAAUGGCGAAAUUAGGAUUCAAAGAGAAUAUAGACUUUAUAGAAAGUAGUGAAGAUGGAGAAGGUGAAUCUGAGAAAGUUGUCAAAGUUCCUAGUGAUUUACAUGAAAUCAUAAAUCAAAGAUUACCACCUGAAAUUUAUUUUUAUCAAUCAAUUGGAUUGUUGCCAAUUGAUUUAUUGGAAAGUAUUACUAAAGGUCAACUAGAUGUUAGACCACCAUUAGAAUUAGGUUCAAAUAAUUCAAAAUUUAAAACUCUAAUCACCUCAAAAUAUUAUUUGAAUUUAUUAGACUAUCAAUAUAAUUUAAUUACUCAAUUUUUAGCAAGAUAUUAUCAAGUUAAAAAGAUCAAAGUUAAAUUCUGGUUUAAAGAUGAUUUCAUUGAAUUGAAUAAUAGAAUUAUGCCAUCAAUACUGAAAAGGAUCAAUAAUUUAUUCAUUAGUACUAAAACACCAGAAUUUGCAUUAACUUCAUUUUUUAAUAACAUACCAGAAACAUUCAACUCAUUAGAGGAAUUAAAAUCUAACAAUGAUGUCGUGUCAACUGCAUUUUUAAGAACAUUAUAUUUAUAUGACAUUAUUGAUGAAAAAUCUAAAUUUUCAAAAUCGUCAAUAGGGAAAAUCUUGACCAAAUUCAGCAAAGAAAACCCACGAAUUCCAACAAAACAAUUUGAACACCUCAUUUUAAUUUUAUUCUUAUUACAAUCAAAACAAUUUUCAUUAUUUGAUUCAACUCCAGAAUUUACAAAUGUAUCAUCAAUUUAUAAACAAGGAGGAGGAGAAAUUUCACCAAAAGAAUCAAAUUAUAUCAAAUUGAUAUCAAGAAUAUUUUCACUAUUUAAAUUUAAUAUCUCACCUAUAAAUUAUCAAGGUCCAAUAUCGAGAAAUUUAUUAAAUUUUAGAUCAAAUUUAGAAUUCAUAAAUAAAAAUUUAAUAAAUACACUUGAAUGUGUACUUGUUGAUCUAAUAGUAUUACAAGAACAAAAUCAAAUGAAAACAACUUAUAAAUCAAAAGAUGAAUGGUAUCAAUUAAUACUUAAUUUACCAUUUUAUCAAAGUUUAAAUAAUACAUUAAUGGGAGUAAUUGGUGAAAUUUAUUUUGAAGUUGCUUGUAAAUAUAAAAAACAAGGUAAGGAAGAAAAGAAAGAAAUUGUAGACUUGACUAAUGAAUAUUUAUUACAUCAAAUUUUCCAAAUUCAUCAAACAACUUAUAAUAUAGACGUGUUUGGUAAAAAUUCAGUUAAAGAAGAGAUAUUAAAAUCUGAUUUUAAAAAUUGUUUAAAUUGGUGGGAUUAUUUUAUUAAAUUUGCUAAAGUUGUACAUGAAGAAGAUAAAGGAUUAAUAAACGAUGAAAUUAUGAAUGAUAUAAAUGCUACAAAUGAUUUUUUAAAACAAUUGACAUAA